CAACGCAACCGGAACCUGGAAGAAAAAGGACGAGGGAGUCGGGGAGGAGAACCCGUAUGAGCCGGAAACCGGAGUCGGCGUACCCUGGUUGGUAAGGAAGUGGGACUCUCACCGGCGGGUCGGACAUGGCGGAAUUGGCCGAGGCCGACGAGGCCGAAUUACAGCGUCUGGUGGCGGCAGAACAGCAGAAGGCGCAGUUCACUGCACAGGUACACCAUUUCAUGGAUUUGUGCUGGGAUAAAUGUGUUGAAAAACCAGGAAGUCGUCUAGAUUCCAGAACUGAAAAUUGCCUGGCUAGCUGUGUGGACCGAUUCAUUGAUACCACUCUCACCAUCACAAGCCGAUUUGCUCAACUUGUACAGAAAGGAAGCCAGUAGGCUAACCCUUAUCUCUACUCUAACUGGGGGAAAUGAAUGGAAAAACAAAAAGAUCUGUAACUGAACAGUUUAUAUACCAUAGGAGAAGUGUAUGAAACUGUAAAGAAAUCAUGAACAGAUCAACUUGGGAUCUGUGGCUAAACCUGUAGUAUUUAUUUUAAAAGAAUGAAAUGUUCAAAAAGUGAAAUCGCUUUAUUUGGAAUUUUGGAAUUCCAGAUUGCAUUACAUCAUUUAUUUGAUAAAUAUGACCCCCCCUCCCCCCCCAACCUUGGUCUUAAUUACUUUAUUAUUUUUUUUUUUAAUCCUACCUCAGGGUUUAGAGAUCCCUGACUGUCUGAAAAUCCCAAAACACUUAUCAAAGGAAAAAAAACAGGGUUCCAAUGCUGGUAGUGCAAAUGGGAGACAGUGGAUUUAAAAGCCACCCUGAGCCUUUUCCUCAGGAACUGGAAGAACUUUAGAAGCCAGUAAGGCUUAGAAAAGGAAAAUUUGGAGUUUAGAAGGCAGUAGAGAGCAAAGGCAGCCCCUUUACUCCUGUAUGCUCACAUACAAAUAAAUGUGACCAAAAAUAAAAACCAAGCUGCAGAAGAACACAUUAACUAGAAAAGAAAGCUGCAAGUAAGAGAAAAGACUCUUGGCUCAUGGGACAGUACAAACUUCUAGAGACUUUCCUAACUUAUCAAAUACCUAGAAUAAGGUUGGUGCAAAAAGCAAUGUUGAAAAAAAUGACCAAAAGACAAUACCAGUUAGGAUCCGUUUCCUAAAGAAUCACAGAAAAUACUGUUAAGGGAUUGCCAUUUUAGAAUUUCCUACCUCUAAAAUCUCUGCCAAGUAAUAGGCCUUCCCUUCAAAAAAAUUUCCUGAUUAAAAACUGGCAUUUAGUGAGUUGGCAAAGAGUACAUAAACUGGAGCCAGAAGAGUUAAGUCAUAUAGAUGUCCAAAAAAGGUAGCACCUACUGAUUAGCCAGUGGACGGAAGGCCUUUGCUCAAAGAUAUAUUUGCAGGUUAAUUCUGUAGGCUGUAAAAUAUUUUUUAAAGGUUUUUAGAAAUAAUUCAUACCUAAAGGAAUUUUAGGUGUUAUGUGGGAAAAUUAUAUUCUAUUAUCGUAAGGUAUCUCCCAUUAUUUUUUCCUCUGUUGUCUAUAAUAUUCCCUAUAAGGUCAGGGUUAUUCCCACUUUAGGAAUGAGGAAAAUGAGGCACAAGAGGCUAAAUGACUUGUUUAGGACCUCACAAAUAUAAUCAAUAAUGGUAGAGCCAGGUUAGGCUUAGUUUUUAGUUCUCAGACUCAAUAACAGCUACACAACACCAUAAGUCAAAUAUCUGUUCUCUUCUAAGUGGGUCAAAGUUUAGCUAUAUCAAUUAAAUCACAGAAUUUGGGAAACAGAAAGGAUAGUCCACAUCACCCCUGCUUCUAACUGUACCCCCAAGAAAACCUUAUUUGAAACACCUCUAGGUCCCAAUUGAACAAAAUGAAAUAGCCCAACUUUCUUUACUGAGAGAAGAAGAAAGGGAUGGUAUCAAGAUAUUUUGAGUCCCCUGGAGGGCUGGGAAGAGGCAAAUACGUCCCUGAGAGACCUACAUUAUUUUGGAGCUGACCUGACUUUCUAGUUAAAGGUGAAAUCUGGAAUUCAUUUACAGACUUGGAGACAAAAAGAAGGAAAGACAAGACUAUUUAAAUGAUAUCAGUGUCCUGAAUCCUGUUCAGGGCACGCAACUGGACAGCAUGGUUAGAUCCUAUUUUGACCCCAUUCAAACUAGGACCAUCUUACAUAGCCAAAAGAACUUCACAUAAAAAUUAAAA